AUGACCUCUGAGGAAAUGGCAGCUUCUGUACUUGUGUCUGUGGCACAGGGUAAAGUGAUACCUGCUCAGUCAGCUGGAGAUGGAAAUAGUGAAAAUGCUUUGGACACCAAUGUUAUAAAAAGACAUAUUGCUAAUCAAGGAAGGCAGACUACACAUACUUUCUCAUACUUACACAGACUUAAAGAAGAACAUCUUCAGGGCUCGCUGCCCAAAAUUUUCUCUUUGGCAAAUGGAGAAGAAAUGACUGAUAACAGGAAUAAUGAAAACUUCUGGGAGAAAAACACAUGCAUCCCUGGUUCAGUGGAGUUUCUUAACAUGAAUUGCAACAUUAUAAAGAAAAAAUGCAAGAGCAGUGUUCCGCAUAACCAGUUACAUAAAUCAUGUGAUUCUUUAGCAGAAGAACACACAUGCUUGGAAACUGGAAUUUCUACUUCACAGGAAAGGACCAUGUUUGCUGAAAUUCAGUUGAAGAUGGAUGGACCUUCAGUAGAGAUGAAGUCAUUAAGAAACCAGUCAGCGGUAAAUAAAAGUGGCACCGAUGAUGCUGAUAAUGUAGCAGUGUUUCACUUUCGCUAUGCUAGUGAAAGAAAUAUAUCAAAAGCUUUGUGCACACUACACAACAGCUUCAUUUUGGGUGACUGUUUACAGCAUGUAAAUGUUGGUAAUGAACACACCAGCGAUUCAACAGCCUGCACUUGUAAAUUAAUGGAAUUAACAAAUAAUUGUGACAAUAAAUAUGGACAACAGUUGUGUGAUAACUGUGACACUUUAAGGGACAAGUAUUUAUGUGUCGAAAGAGCAGCACGAAAGGUUAGAGUGGCAUGCUCAAGUCACAGCUUCUAUGGUGGUAAUUUUACUGGAAAAAUGUCCUCAAAGCCCUUUCUGAGCCAUUUUGAAGAUUGCAGUGAUAACUGUGAAGAAGGGAUGGAGGAGGAGUUUUAUAGAAACAAAAAGGAACGUUCCACUUUACUAAUCAGACGUUUUUGUAAAAAUGAUAAGGAGAUUAAAAAAUCAGUUUAUACUGGAACCAGGGCAAUUGUUAGGACUUUACCUUCGGGCCAUAUUGGAGAUGUUGCUUGGGAUUAUGUGGAGCAGAGGAGAAACAAGAGUGACUUAAAGCAUUGUAGGAUUAUCGCAAAACAUCGAACUAUUCAAGCCUUAAAUCAGGAAUUAAAUUCUGAUCUUGUGAAAUCCAUAUGGUGUGAGAUCUACAAUGCAGUGAAGGAGGAAGAGGCGGCGGAAGAUACUUUUGAAUAUUGUCUCCAUCCUCUGAGAGAGCUUCCGACGCUAAAUGCAGAUCGCAGAUGCAAAAAUGUCUCUUUUGUAAAACCAUGUGUAGAAAGUGCUUGCUCUGAAUACCGUGCCACUUUACAAAGGACGUCACUCUCUAACUUUAUCACUGGUGCUCUGCUAGAAGCAACUACAUCACUGGGAGCAAGAAGUGGUCUUCUAAACAUCUUUGGAGGGUCAACUGGAAGAAUGAUGCUGAAAGAACGUCAACCGUGCACAUCUAUGGCUGGUUCAAAUGUGCUCCCCUCCAGUGUAGCUGGUAUCAGUAAAGAGCUAGUAGAACUUCAGCACCUCAUUCAGUUCCCAGAGGAGGUUGCUAGUAUUCUGACUGAACAGGAACAGGAUCUCUACCGAAAGAUCUUGCCCAUUGACUACCUCUGCUUCUUAACCAGGGAUUUGGGUAAUGCUGAAUGUCAGAGCAAACUUCCAUGCAUUAAAGCUUCCAUAUCUGCGACUAUUCUUUCCUCCCAAAAUGGUGAACACAAUGUUAUUGAAGAUCUCGUGACAAGAUUUAAUGAGGUGAGCUCUUGGGUUACAUGGUUGAUCCUUACUGCCGGUUCUAUGGAGGAGAAACGAGAAGUCUUCUCAUAUUUAGUACAUGUGGCAAAAUGCUGCUGGAACAUGGGAAACUACAAUGCUGUAAUGGAAUUCUUGGCAGGGCUUAGGUCUAGAAAAGUUUUAAAAAUGUGGCAGUUCAUGGAUCAAUCUGAUAUUGAAACCAUGCGAAGUCUGAAGGAUGCUAUGGCACAACAUGAAUCAUCCUCUGAAUAUCGGAAAGUGGUAAAUCGUGCUCUGAAUAUUCCAGGCUGUAAAGUAGUUCCUUUCUGUGGUGUAUUUUUAAAGGAGCUUUGUGAAGUUCUAGAUGGAGCAGCAAGCCUCAUCAGACUUUGCCCACAGUAUAAUUCCCAGGAUGAAACAUUAGAGUUUGUUUCAGAUUACAAUGGGCAAGAUAAUUUCUUGCAACGAGUAGGCCAAGAUGGUUUAAAUAAUACGGAAAAAGAAUCAACAGCAAACAGUAUCUUUCAAACCAUUCGGAGUUGUAACCGCAGUUUGGAAUCUGAAGAAGUUGAAGACAAUUUUAGUGAAGGAGGCAAUUCAAGAAAAAACUCUUUGAAGGAUAGAAACCGAUACCAGUUUAUAAUUGGAGAUCUCUCAGAUUCAGAAAGUGACAUAUCUGAGCAGUCAAAAGAGUGGGACACAAAUACAACUGAAGAGCAGCAAAAGGCAUACAGUCAUGGAAUAGAACUCAUUCCCUGGUAUGUGUUAUCAAUCAGAGCUGAUGUCCAUCAGUUCAUGCUACAAGGGGCAACUGUCAUACAUUAUGACCAGGAGAUGCAUCUCUCAGCACGCUGUUUUCUUCAGCUUCAACCUGACAAUAGUACUUUGACAUGGAUAAAACCCACCACAGCUUGCCCUGCAAAUACUAAAGUAAAACUGGGUGUGCUAGGUAGCACUGCUGAGCUUGGUAAAUUUCAGUUUCUUGGCAGUACUGGAUUGAAUGGACUGGUGGACGGUUUCUUGGAUUUGUUUUCAGCAAAGGCUGUGUACAUGGGGCACCCUGGCAUUGAUAUGCACACUGUGUGUGUUCAAAAUAAACUUUGUAGUAUGUCCCUUGAAGAGAAUGGAGUAACACUACUAUAUGGACUUCAAACUACUGAUAAUAAGUUGCUGCACUUUGUGGCUCCAAAAUAUACUGCCAAAAUGCUGUAUGAUGGAUUGCUGGAAUUAACAAAAGCUGUAAGAAAAAUGAGGAAAUUUCCUGAUCAGAGAUUGCAGUGGCUACGGAAACAGUAUGUCUGCCUUUAUCAGGAGGAUGGCAGGUUUGAAGGCCCAACUUUGGCUCAGGCUGUUGAACUGUUUGGAGGCAGACGCUGGAGUGCAAGGAACACAAGCACAGGGGCCCUGACCAGAAGCACUGAGAAACCCAGUGUGCAGAGAAACAACACUCUGGGAAUAAGCACAGCCAAGAAAAAGAAGAAAGUACUCAUGAGGGGUGAAAGUGGAGAUGCUACUGAUGAUGAGAUGGCAACUCGUAAGACAAAAAGUUAUAAAGAAUAUCGUAAUAGAAGUGGUUCUGAUCCUCAAGACAUUGAUGAACAAGAAGAAUCAGAUCAGAAUAUUGUGAUUAACGCCUCUGCCUCUAACACUCUGCCAUCUAGAAGAGCUCAUUCUCUGACUGCAUCUGGAUCUCCUAGCUUAGCACCUGGGGCAUCUGCACCAAUCAGACCAGUCUCCUCUCCUGUAAUGUCAUCUUCAAGCAAGAGUCAGGCUAGUACUUGGAGCAGCAGUAGCUGGCAUGGCCGAGUCAAAGGAGGAUUGAAGGGGUUUCAGACCUUUAUGGUUUCCGAUAGUAAUAUGAGUUUUGUUGAGUUUGUAGAGCUCUUCAAGUCUUUCAGUGUUCGAAGCCGCAAGGAUCUUAAAGACCUCUUUGAUGUCUAUGCUGUACCCUGCAGUCGAUCAGGUUCUGAUUCUACUCCACUUUAUACUAAUCUGAAAAUUGAUGAGAACACCAGUGGACUCCAACCUGAUUUAGAUUUAUUGACCAGGAACGUAUCAGAUCUGGGUUUGUUCAUUAAUAGUAGACAGCAACUAUCAGAAAACCAGAGACAGAUAUCUGAUGCCAUUGCUGCUGCUAGCAUUGUAACUAAUGGUACUGGAGUAGAAAGCACAUCACUGGGAAUAUUUGGAGUGGGCAUCCAGCAACUCAAUGACUUCUUAGUGAAUUGCCAAGGUGAACACUGCACCUACGAUGAAAUCCUCAGUAUUAUCCAGAAAUUUGAACCCAGCGUCCAUAUGUGCCAGCAGGGGCUACUGUCAUUUGAAGGAUUUGCAAGGUUUUUGAUGGACAAAGACAAUUUUGCCUCAAAAAAUGACGAGUCACAAGAGAAUAUUGAAGAGUUACAACUACCACUGUCAUAUUAUUACAUUGAGUCUUCACACAAUACAUACCUCACAGGCCAUCAGCUUAAAGGAGAAUCAUCAGUAGAACUUUACAGCCAGGUUCUCUUACAAGGCUGUAGGAGUGUGGAAUUAGACUGCUGGGAUGGUGAUGAUGGGAUGCCUAUCAUUUAUCAUGGACAUACACUCACUACUAAGAUCCCUUUUAAGGAUGUAGUUGAAGCUAUUGAUCGCAGUGCCUUUAUCACCUCUGAUAUGCCAAUCAUCAUAUCUAUAGAGAACCACUGUUCAUUGCCUCAGCAACGCAAGAUGGCUGAAAUUUUUAAGAAUGUAUUUGGAGAUAAGCUGGUAACUAAGUUUUUAUUUGAGAGUGACUUCUCUGAUGAUCCAAUGCUCCCUUCACCGGACCAACUGAGAAGAAAAGUGCUGCUGAAAAACAAAAAACUCAAAGCCCAUCAAACUCCAGUGGAUAUUUUAAAACAAAAGGCUCACCAACUGGCAUACAUGCAAGCCCAGGCCAGUAAUGGUGGCAAUGCUGGUAACCCCACCACUAAUAAUGAAGAGGAGGAGGAUGAAGAGGAUGAAUAUGACUAUGACUAUGAAUCUCUCUCUGAUGCUGAUGUCCUUAAUGCUUCUCCUGCUCCUAACAGCCAGGAAGAUAACAUUCUGGAAGACCGACCUGAGACUAAAUCAUCCAGUGAUAAACUGCAAUUUGAAUAUAAUGAAGAAACUGCCAAGAGAAUAAAGAAGACUGAUUGCAUUACUUAUAACAAUAAAGGAAAGGUUUAUGACAUGGAACUGGGUGAAGAAUUUUAUCUUCCACAAAAUAAGAAGGAAAGUAGACAGAUAGCACCGGAGCUCUCAGAUCUUGUCAUCUAUUGCCAAGCUGUGAAAUUCCCUGGCCUGUCAACGCUAAACCCAUCUGGCUCUAGCAGAGGAAAGGAAAGAAAAAGCAGGAAGUCCAUUUUUGGCAACAAUCCGGGCAGACUAAGCCCUGGGGAGCCAGCAACACUUGCCAAAGCAUCUGGAAAAGGUCCUUUUGAGGGUGCCCGGCAAACCUGGGAAGAACUUUGUUCUCCUCCUUUCAACCCUACAACUUCUCUCAGUGCUAUCAUAAGGACACCUAAAUGUUAUCAUAUCUCUUCACUGAAUGAGAAUGCUGCCAAACGUCUGUGCAGACGGUAUUCUCAGAAACUGAUUGAGCAUACCACCUGUCAGCUAUUGAGAACAUAUCCUGCUGCCACACGCAUUGACUCUUCAAACCCCCAUCCCCUUAUAUUCUGGCUCCAUGGAAUACAGCUUGUGGCAGUUAACUAUCAAACUGAUGAUCUCCCUCUGCAUCUUAAUGCAGCGAUGUUUGAGGCGAAUGGUGGCUGUGGGUGUGUUUUGAAACCCCCUGUUCUGUGGGACAAGAACUGUCCAAUGUACCAGCAAUUUUCUCCAUUAGACCGAGAUCUGUAUAAUAUAGAGCCAGCUAUAUAUUCUUUAACAAUUGUGUCUGGUCAAAAUGUUUGUCCUAGCAACAGCACAGGAAGUCCAUGCAUUGAAGUUGAUGUACUUGGCAUGUCUUUGGAUAGCUGCCAUUUCCGCACAAAACCCAUUCAUCGCAAUACUCUCAACCCCAUGUGGAAUGAACAGUUUCUCUACCGGGUUCACUUUGAGGAUCUGGUCUUUCUUAGAUUUGCAGUUGUUGAAAACAACAGCUCAGCUAUAACCGCUCAAAGAAUCAUUCCACUAAAGGCUCUAAAAAGAGGGUAUAGACAUCUCCAGCUACGAAACCAACAUAAUGAAGCCUUAGAAAUCUCAAGCUUAUUCAUAAACAGUCGGAGGAUGGAAGAAAAUCCCUCUGGGAACGUUGUGCCUACUUCUUUGUUGUUUAGCACAGAAGAGAAGAGAACUUCAACAUUGUACAAGGUCACAGUACAUGGAAUUCCAGGCCCUGAACCCUUUACUGUUUUUACUAUAAGUGAAGGGACUACAGCAGCACAGCUUCUUCAUCAAAUUUUGGCUACCACAAAAAGCAUUGAAUCACGUGCUCCAGAUUAUUUUCUGAUGGAGGAAAAAUGUUUUAUAUCUAAAGAAAAGACUGAGUGCAGGAAACCACCAUUCCAGAGAGUGAUUGGCCCUGAGGAAGGGCUAGUACAGCUUUUGAACAGCUGGUUCCCAGAAGAAGGAUAUGUUGGAAGGAUUAUCUUUAAAACCCAAGAGGAAAAUUUGAAUGGGAGAAACAUUUUUCAAGAAGAGAAAGAAGAUGCAAACAUUAGCUCUGAAGAUGAUAGUUUCUUUGUUCAAGUGCAUGACGUUUCCCCAGAGCAGCCUCGCACUGUCAUCAAAGCUCCCCGCUUUAGCACAGCACAGGAUGUAAUACAACAGACUCUUUGCAAAGCCAAGUAUUCCUACAGCAUUCUGAGUAAUCCCAACCCAAAUGACUAUGUCCUCUUGGAGGAGGUGACGAAAGAGCUAGCAAACAAAAAGUCAACAUCUAAGCCAUCACAGAGAAUUCUCUCUGACCAAGAGUGUGUGUUUCAGGCUCAGAGCAAGUGGAAGGGAGCAGGGAAGUUUAUCCUUAAACUUAAAGAACAGGUUCACGCAGCACGAGAUGAUAAAAGAAAAGGCAUUUCAUUUGCCAGUGAACUUAAGAAAUUAACCAAGUCAAGUAAACAGUAUCGUGGCUUCACAUCAUCACCUUUGCAGAGCUCACCAGACAAUACCCAAACUAAAGAUGAAAAAUCUGCAAGCAGUUUGACAUUUAGUGACAAUAUGGAAUAA